AUGUUCCCUACUCGUGUCCUGCGCAUGCAGGCCUCCCGGCCCUUCGCUUUUCCUGCUCCUAAGGAAAACCACAGCGCCCACACUAUCUCUCAGCGUCUGCGCACUCUGAAGAGAGUCCCCCCGGAGUUGAUCCCCCUCGGCGUGGUCCUUGCUGUCGCCGUCGGUGCUGCCAUCUACUCCAGCACCCACAAGCUCCUGUCCGACAAGACCCUCCGUCUGUACCGCAACAGCCCCGAGGAGCGUGACCACUAA